CGGUGCCAUGUUUCAACCUGCCGUGCCUGCUUCUCAGCGCCGUUAUCGAGCCUGACCUUCCCAGACAUGGUUUGUGAGUGAUUGCUCCAUCAUAGCUCAGAAGAAAGAAAACAUUGAGAUCCACAGCAUCAUUCCGAUGGGCAGAAAAGAAAAAAUCGCCCGGUCUAUCGUCCGGGCAAUCACCGAGAUCAACGAAGUGCGCAAACGGCCUGGCAGCCCGUUGGCCUCGAUCCUCGCUCUCUUCUCGACGCUUUUCUCGCUGUAUCAUCUAGUUCUCCGCAAGAUACGGCCCGCAGACUUUGCGAAAUUACGUCGGCACCACUGGGACAUCAACGAUAAUAAUUAUGUGCAGUCGUUCCAGCAAGAGGAUGGUUACGAGGCCCGGGAGCCGCCUCUCAAAGCGAUAGGAGACAUGGGCUUUUCGGGCUCGACUUUCUAUUCCACUGCCGAUCAGAAGUAUCUCGUCAAGUCCCUCCCCCGCCACUCCGAGCACUCGUUCUUCAGCGAGGACCUUCUGACGCCAUACGUCCAAUACAUGGCAUCCCAUCCCCGCGCUCUCUUGGUCCGCAUCUGCGACUUUCUCGCAGCCACAGGUCCCUCCAUAGGGCGAGUGUUGCGAUCCGCACCAUCUCACCACAUUGUCAUGGAUAACAUCAUGCACGGCCGGGAAGAAGCCAAGAGGAAAGGCGAGGCCGACUGGGAGAACUGGGACCUCAAACCCGCCUCGUACUUCUACCCUGAGCGUGACAUUGCUGGUGGUGCGCUUACGAGUGAGGCAACCAAAAAGCAACUCGCAGACGAGUUUCACGACAAGAUUGUCCUCCGCCGAGAGCAGGCCGAAGACUUCUUUUCGAGCCUCGAACAGGACACCAGAUUGCUUGCAGAACACAAUGCUGUGGAUUACUCCCUCUUCCUGGUGCGGAUGAAAGCGCCGCACCAAGACGCAGCCCCGAUGCGUCCUCGCCAGACAGAAUCUGAUCCAGCCACGGUUCCCGCUCGGCCGCCAUCGGGGCCACCAACUCUGCCAUCUUGGAGAACGGGAGUUGCCUCGGCGGAUGGCAAGCACAUCUUCCGAGCCUCGAUCCUGGACUUCUUCUGGGCCAAGCACAAGGUGCGUGCGAAGGCGAUGACGAUACUGAUCAAGCUAUGGAAUGUGUUGAUAAGCAGGCACGGGGACAUGAGCAUCACCACCACACCGGAUGAGUACCGCCAGCGAUUCCUCAGGAUGUGCAGGGAGAUAGUUGAAAUUAUCGACGAUUGAGGGCAAAAGAUUGUGCAUCACAUCGCCAGUGCUAGAUGACUGCCCAACAUCCGAGCACGACUGGCUUUCUCCUCAAUUUGCUAUGCUUCUCAAAAAGGGUCUCUCGUCGCGGCCCCGUCCUAUGUAAUAACUGAACACUCUCACCCGGGUUGCCACCGUCAAGGCCCCCAUGGGCGUGACGCAUUUAGCUCGCCGGUUG